AUGACAGAAACAAAAGACAAACGUUGCGCUGGUCAACACUUUCUUCAUAUUAUUAGUACCGACGAUGCUAUCAAAUUAUAUGAUAUCAUGAUACAACAAAAUAAUUAUAUUAAAUGGAUUCAUUUUGAACACAUUAAGCCAAAAUUAAAUAGAGAACAAUUGGAAAUUAUGACUGGUACCAAACCACAUGACGGUCCUUACUUUGCUGAAUGGUUAUCCUGUUUUGGUAGUGAAACAGAUAUCUUAUCACCAUAUCGUCAACCAUUAUCUAUCGCUCGCAACACCACAAUCUACACCGACUUUCAGCGCCAAAUUAAUAAAACAUGCAAAAAAUUUGAAACACAUACCAUCGCUUUACUAAAGUACCAUGUGGCUCUUCGAUCAAAGGAAGAUGAUCUUCCAGUAUUGUCGACAGGACGAGGAUCAAUGCACGCCUCACAUUUAUGUGAUUUAAUGCACUGUGUACUAAAAGAACACAUCGUCGUAGAGUCAAUGGAAGUUAAUCAAAGUCGAAGAGAUUGUAGAGGAAUUACACUAUCAAUAACUCCAGCAUCAACAACAUCACCACCAUAUAUUAAGAUGGCUACACCAUGUCGACACGGCGUAAAUUAUAAGGACUCAAAUGGUGAUGAUUUUAUGUAUAGUUGUAGAAAAAUUAAAUGUAUUUUUUUGAUGAAGUUGCUGCUGCUUUCUUAAAUUCAAAUAAAUAAAAAUUUAAAUAAUAUUAUCUUUUUCUCAU